AUGCCUUUAGGUAGAGAACAUGUUCUUCCGCCAGAGAUUUUACUUCGCAUCACUGAUUUCAUAAAGACUGAUCAUGCCAUCAAUAUGCCCUUCCGCUUACGAGAAUACAAUUUUGAGCCAAUGGCGGAUGCAUGGCGCGAAUGGCAAGAUAUACGUAGAAAUUAUGAUUUACUCAAUCUUGCUCAAACAUGUCGUCAUUUUCGUCAAAUUGUACUUCCAAUAUUAUGGAAGGAGAUCAAACUUUGUCGAAUAUAUAUGGUAGAAUUUAUUGAUGCAUUUAUCAAAAAGCUACAGAACUCAAACAUUUCGCAUCCUUGUUUAUGUGGUUUAGUACAAACAGUCACUUUUUCAGAAUAUCGCAUUUCACCUUUUCAAUUUUGGUGGGAAAGGAGAAAAGAGAUCAUGAUGAGCGAAUUCUUCAAGGCAGCGUAUCGGAUUGGUUGUCAUGGCGAAUAUGCCAAAGAGAGAAGCAAGCAUGAAUCUGCUCAAGUGCCUUGCAUUUCCAAUUUCGAACACUUGCAAGCACUCAUUCUUCGUAUCUUACAUGCAACGAAAGCCAAGCAUUUCAACAUUCAUCAUGAUGUUCAUUUGGCCGAUUUUGAACAUUCAAGGUUGAUGAAAUUCAGCAAUAUGGGUAUUGAUGUUUUGUAUAAAUUAUAG